UUUAUGCUAUAAAUAACUUAUAUGCUGCUCUGGGCUCACCUCCUCUUCCUGGAUGGGUUGCAAGUGGAGGAGAUCCCUGCUUUGAGCUCUGGCAAGGUGUCCAGUGUGUUGAGUCGAACAUAACUGCUAUAGUACUUAAUGGUGCAAAUUUGGGAGGAGAACUGGGUGAUAAACUAGCAAAUUUCACUUCAAUUAUGACGAUAGAUCUGAGCAACAACCACAUUGGUGGAAAUAUACCAGAGAAUCUGCCUCGUACAAUAAUGAAGCUUUUCCUUUCAGCCAAUCAAUUCACAGGAAGCAUACCGGACUCAUUGUCAGAAUUAACACUUCUAUCAGACAUGUCAGUCAAUCAAAAUCUUUUAACAGGAGAAUUACCUGGUGCCUUCCAGAAUCUCACUGGACUAAUAAAUUUGGAUCUUUCUUCUAACAAUCUGACUGGCCAAUUACCAGCUUCCAUGCAGAACUUGUCCUCUCUGACUGCUUUGCAUUUGCAAAAUAAUCAACUAUCUGGAACCCUAGAUGUCUUGCAAGAUCUUUCUCUCAAAGAUUUGAAUAUUGAAAACAAUCUAUUCUCAGGACCUAUCCCUGAAAAGUUGCUGAGCAUUCCAGAUUUCAAAAAGGAUGGCAAUCCAUUCAAUACUAGUAGUGCUUCUUCACCUAUGAUAACACCACCAGCUUUGCCUUAUUCAGGGGCACAAUCUCCUGAAACUAUGCCUUCGAACUCUUCUGACAGUCCAUCCAUCCAUGACAAUGGAACUCCUAGAAAAGAUAAAAAUGUUUCAGUUGUAAGAAUUAUUGGGUAUGCGGUAGUUGCUGUGAUUGUGCUUAUCAUUGCUGUGCUACUGUUUAUUUUUUGUAUAUCAAAGUGGCGAGAAAGAAAACAGAAACAUGAAGAGAUUCCCAAGAGGCAGGAAAUAAGGGCACAUGGAAAGUCCAAGGAGCCUCAGAUCAAUGCAGGCCUGAUGGAACCGGAAAAGGAAACAGAAAAAGUUCCCAUAGUUGCUGAUGAGAAACAUGAUGAAGUCAAGAUCAAUACGGCAGGGAGGGGGACACUUGCAUUGCCACCACUAGUUGAUAAAGUCAUUGUGAACCCUAUUGCUUCCAGGAAAAAGAAUCCAAGGACUAGUCCUGAAAAUCUAAAUCCCCCAGCUCCUGUGAAAUCAUAUUCCAUUGCUUCUCUUCAGCAAUAUACUGACAGUUUCAGUGAGGAAAGCCUGAUCAAAGAGGGCAGGUUGGGCCGGAUUUAUUUGGCAGAACCCCCUGAGGGAAAGCUACUGGCAGUUUUGAAGCUUGACAAUAUGAACUCAAACAUACAACUUGAUGAUUUUCUUGAGUUGGUAUUGAGUAUCUCAGAACUUAGGCAUCCUAAUAUUCUAGAGCUUGUAGGGUACUGUGCAGAGUUUGGGCAGUGUUUACUUGUCUAUAAAUACUUCAGUAACAAGACACUACAUGACAUCCUCCAUGGUGAAGAUGAUCACAAGAUAAAGCUAUCAUGGAAUGCUCGUAUCCAGAUAGCCUUUGAAGCUGCAAGAGCUCUAGAGUAUCUUCAUGAAAGCUGUCAACCACCAGUCAUACAUCAAAAUUUUGAGCCCAGCAAUAUUUUUCUUGAUGAUAAUCUGGCAGUACAAGUUUUUGAAUGUGGCCUAGCUUCACUAAUGUCAUCCAACUCUGUUACUCAGUUGUCAGGCCGGAUACAUGCUUUAUUCAGUUAUAAGGCCCCAGAGAUUGGUGGAUCUGGGUCACAUAGCGAGCAGAGUGAUGUUUACAGCUUUGGAGUUGUUAUGUUAGAACUUCUUACAGGGCGUAAACCCUAUGACAGUUCACGGCCACGUGCAGAGCAACAUCUUGUAAGAUGGGCUAGUUCUCAACUUCAUGACAUCAAUACAUUGUCAAGAAUGGUGGAUCCCUCUAUUGAUGGGAAAUACUCUGUGAAAUCAUUAUCACGGUUUGCAGAUAUUAUUAGUCGUUGUAUACGGCGAACACCAGAAUUCAGGCCAUCAAUGUCUGAAGUUGUCCAGGACCUUGCUCGUGUUAUCGAGGAUGCGAUGAAGAAUGAAAAUGGAGACCCUCAUUCAGUUUCAGAGAAAAGGACAUAAGAGAUCCAAGCUCACCAAUGAGUGAACAAACAUUAGUUCAUUACGAAUGGCAUGAAUAUUAAUUUACUAAAGAGUUGAUCACCCGAGUCAACCUGCAGCCUCUGCCAGGAUCUCUUCUAGUGGAAUGAAAAAUUUAGUCAUGGAAUGACUGACCACUGCUGACCACUUGAUCAUUUGAAUUCUGUCAACAUCACAAAUGGAUGGUCCAUUUAUUUAAAUGUAUUUUAUUAUUUCUUUCUGUCUUGUAUAUUAAUCUGUUUAUAUUAAUGAUAAUAUGUCAUUGUUAGUCAUUA